AUGGCUCGAAAAAAUGUUAAAGAAGAGAAUCUUGAGACAGGGGAAGAAGCCAAUGAGGAAGAAAAUAAUACAAAUAAACAAUUUUGGAUAAACACCAGUAACUUCUUUCGCUUCUAUUGGCGCAUGAUCUUCGCAUUAAUUUGGUUUAUGUUUCUUGGAAUUAUUGUAUACAUCUACGAUUGCCCACAGUCCAGAUGCGCGUUCGUGAUACUAUUAAUGGCGGGAUAUUGGAUGACCGAGGCUAUUCCGGUACCCAUUACUUCUAUGAUACCGGUCGCUCUCCUUCCAAUGUUUGGAAUAAUGAGUACAAUUGAAACUGUGACUUGCUACAUGAACGAUGCCAUAAUGGUUUUCAUCGGUGGCUUGAUCCUUGCUUUCGCAACGGAACAUUGUAACCUACAUAUGAGAAUUGCUCUUAUAGUCAUGAAAAUGGUUGGUUGUAGCCACACGAAGCUUCUAGGUGGUCUUUGUACCGUAACCACUUUUAUAUCUAUGUGGAUCGCGAAUGCUGCUACCACGGCGAUGAUGGUGCCUAUUGUCUUUGCUGUUCUCUACGAAUUGGAAAGGCAAGGACUAGGAAAAGUAUUCAACGUUAUUAUAGAUCCAAAUGAACCUGACGCUGAUCCGGAAUUGAAACCAACGAACGUGACGAAAGCUUAUUUCUUCGCGGCAGCAUACGCUUCUACAUUCGGAGGCACUGGAACUUUAGUCGGUACACCAACGAAUCUUGUCUUCAAAGGCAUCUACGAAAACACCUAUCCUGAAGCAGAACCAAUCACUUUUGGACUUUGGACCGCAGCUUGCUUUCCUCAAAUGGCCAUUAACUCCUUCAUUUUGUGGAUACAUCUUCGAAUAGUUUAUCUCGGUUUUCUAAGACCAAAGAGCAAAGAUGCCAAAGCUGCGAUAAUUGGUCCAGAAGGAGAAAAAAUAGCUAAUCAAGUGAUAAAAGAGAAGCUGAAAGAAAUAGGUUUUAUGUCGUUCCACGAGAUCGCUGUAUCGAUACUCUUUUUAACGUGUAUAUUUCUCUGGAUAUUCAGAGCUCCUGGAUUUGUAACAGGCUGGGCAAAACUUAUUUCGGACGUGGAGAUUAAGGAUUCGACAGCUACUAUUUUUAUCUGCUUGCUGAUGCUUUAUAUUCCUAGGGAUCCCGAUUUUAUAUACUUUUGGAGUCGAAAUUCUAGAAAGAAACCAUCGGGUCCCUCCGAAGGUUUAAUAACUUGGAAUAUGAUUCAACGAAAGAUGCCGUGGAGAUUGAUUUUUCUUCUCGGUGGUGGAUUUGCUAUCUCCAAAGCCAGCAAUAAAUCCUGUCUGGCGAUGGAUAUAGGUCGAUUGUUGUUACCGUUACAAAAUUUACACCCUAUAUUGCUAUUGGCAAUCAUUUUGUUAUUCGUUGGUACUCUAACGGAAGUAACGUCAAAUGUAGGCACUGGAAAUAUCGUUAUACCGAUAAUAGCACACAUGUCUUCUGCGAUGAAGGUACAUCCUCUUUAUCUGAUGGUGCCAGUGACAAUAAUGUGCUCCUAUGCAUUUCGAUUUCCAGUCAGCACUCCACCAAACGCAAUUAUAUCGAUCGCGGCUCACAUACGAACGCCAAUGUUAAUCACCGGCGGCUGUUUACCUGCAAUGUAUAGCUUACUCAUACAAGUACUUAUUUUUCCAUUUUGGGGAACAUUCGUUUUCGGCAUCGACAAAUUCCCGGAAUGGGCAGAAAAAACAAUAGAAAGCGGUAGAAAGACACUCGACUUCUUAAAAACCUAUUGGAAAAUAAUUUACGCCAUUCUCUGGCCUCUAUGUCUAUUACCACUUUUAAUAAUUUACGAUUCUUCGGAAGUUAGAUGUGCCUUCGUCAUAUUGAUAAUGGCUGGAUACUGGAUAACAGAAAUAUUUCCCAUGGCAGUCACUUCAUUAUUACCUAUUGUCCUCUUCCCCUGUCUUGGUGUACUUAGCACAGACGAAGCAUGUUCUUGUUAUAUGAAUGAUACGAUAAUGGUCUUCAUAGGUGGUUUGAUACUUGCCGUAGCCAUCGAACAUUGCAACUUGCAUCUUAGGAUUGCCCUUGGAGUUAUGAAAAUGGUCGGUUGUAGUCAUAGUCGACUACUUGGUGGUCUUUGCGUAGUCACCACUUUCAUAUCCAUGUGGGUUUCAAACACAGCUGCAACGGCUAUGAUGUUACCAAUUAUUUUCGCUAUCCUUCAGGAAUUAGAGGAGGUCUGUGACAUCUUGAUUUUACCAUUGGCUGGAUUUGGUAAAAUGUUCAUAAAGGUGACUGACGUAAAAAGUCCUCAAGAACAAAUAUUAAAACCCUCUAAGGUCACUAUGAGCUAUCUUUUAAUUGUCGCAUAUUCUUCUACUUUUGGUGGAACGGGAACUCUCGUUGGUACCGGAACGAAUCUUACAUUCAAAGGAAUUUAUGAGAGUACCUUCCCUUUUGCCGAAGGAAUUAAUUUCACCGAUUGGAUGAUAGCUUCGUUUCCACAAAUGAUCGUCAAUUCUUUUCUCACUUGGCUAUAUGUACGAAUAGCUUUUUUGGGAUAUUUAAGACCAAAGAGUAAGGAUGCCUUGGCAGCUACGAUAGGCACAGAAGGCGAAAAAAUUGCGAACAAUGUCGUAAAAGCGCGAUAUUCAGCUCUAGGUCCCAUCUCAUUUCACGAAAUCGGCGUUACUUUACUAUUUUUAAUAUGUAUUUUCUUAUGGAUAUUUAGAAAACCUGGUUUCGUCUUUGGAUGGUCCGAACUUAUAACAGAUAUAGAGAUAAAGGAUUCGACACCAGUUAUACUUGUUUCAAUUCUUAUGUUCUUCAUACCAAAAAAUCCUUCUUUCAUUUAUUCUUGGAGCAAAAAUCCUGAAAAAAGACCGAUCAAAUCAUCGGAAGGCUUGAUAACUUGGAAAGUCAUUGAAACUAAAAUGCCAUGGAGCUUAAUGUUUUUACUAGGUAGUGGUUUUGCAAUUUCGAAAGGAAGUGUUCAUUCUUCCCUAGCUAAAGCAAUCGGUCAAACUCUCACACCACUUAAAUCUUUACCACCUAUUAUUAUAAUGACAUUCAUCUGUUUCUUCGUGGGUAUAAUAACAGAAUUUACAUCGAACGUGGGCAUUGCCAAUAUAACAUUGCCAGUUAUUGCGCAAAUGAGUAUAGCCAUGGAAUUACACCCUAUGUAUUUAAUGAUACCAGCUACGUUAAUGUGCUCAUUUUCAUUCCGACUACCAGUUGGUACCCCACCAAAUGCUCUCGUAACAGUCGCAGGUCAUAUUCCAACUAAAUGGUUGAUGAUGGCAGGAUGUCUACCCUCUCUUUACAGUUUAUUAGUACAAAUACUUUUAUUCUCAACAUGGGGUAUUUUUAUUUACGAUAUUGCCGAAUUUCCUGAUUGGGCUUCAGAUGUUACUAUAAAAGAUUAA